ACGUGCAGGGGAUGUUUGUACCACUGCCCUGAAGGCAGAGGGAGUCUUCGGGAGUCUCAUUUCUUUCAUGGUUCAUUUUGGAAUUUGCAGGUCUACUUUAGUAAUGCCGCCGAGUUUCAUGCCUGACAAACGGAAGCUGUUGACACUGUUGUUCUCCAGUGGCUCAAGCACCUCCCGAUCGUGGAUUCUGGAGCUGAUUAGCUAUCUCAGCUAUGUCAACCUUAACUGCUUGUGAAGUCCUGGCGGUGGUGGCGUGGGAUGUGGCUUCCUUUCUGGUUCCGCACCAAAGCUCCGAAGACUUGGUGAAGCGAGGAAUCCCUGCCCCGGAGGCACGACAAAGAAGCUUCUUUCGCACAUCUCUCAUGGAGAGGUUGUCCUCGUUGAUUCAUGUGAUGUUGAUAUUGGGGAUUGGAGUACAUCUGAUCAUCCCAGGAUUGGUUUGCCUCAGCCUCAUUAGUGGAUACUUGUAUAGUUUCGUCGUUCCGGGCACUUCGAUGCUCGUCGUGGGCUUUUGGUUUGGCCAUAUAGAGGACGAAUGCAACCAGCCGCUGGGUAUAUGUGUGAUGAUCUAUUGGUUGCAGGUGAUUGUAAAAUUCGCUGCUGUUAUCGGCUGGCAUGAUUGUCCACCAGACUUCGGCCCUCCAACUUUCCGCAGACUGAUUCCUUGCCUCUAUCGCAUCUUUGCAAUCACCACAGUGCUAUUUGAAGUGAUUUUUCCAGUGACUACCUUCAUCAUGCUGAUGCUGGCAGACAGUUGCACGCCAGGCCUAAUUCGAAACACUUGGGUCGUGCUGUCGCCUUUCAUCUACGGGGCCUUAUGUAGCUGGACCACUUGUCCGAGCCAUAUUCCCCUUGAAAGUCCGGCCAGUUUGGUGAAUACUUUUACUCGGAUCCGUUUCGAUCCUGAUACCUUCAACGACGAAACUUACGCAAAAAGUUGCGCUAUUUGUUCGGCAGACUUUGCUGCAUCUACUGCAUCUACUGCCAUCGUGUCGCCCCCCUGUGCUGCCGGUCGCCACGUCUUUCACGAACAGUGCUUGGUUGGCUGGUUUGAAAGAGCGCGCUCAUGUCCGUUAUGUCGCAGCCGUUUGGAUCCCGCAGCUGGUCCUGGAACGGUAGAGCCGGUAGACGUGGAACUUGCACUUGCGGUGGAACUUUCACUUGCUUCGUGAGAGCAGAGUCUGAGCAGAGCCUGGACAUGCUCCGGCAGAGCUCACUUGGAGAACAUUGCCAGAAUGCCCACUAUGUCAGGUUUCACCAAGUUUCACCAGAAUUUGACAACGGUUUCCCCUGCAGGAGUGCCAAUAACAAAGCGGCUUCUUCCUCACCACUUUAUCAAUCCUGCAAACACAUUCAUGCCAAACCUGUCGCUCCCGGCUCUCCAUGCCGCAUGCCAUUUGCCACAG